AUGCAUCCUCAGUGCAAUUCCUUGGCUGUGGAGCUGGGGCUGUCCUAUUCAGACCCACUCCUCUAUAUCUGUCACUGCUUCCCUGCCCUCCUCCUGCCCCGAUCUGAGGCUGAAAACCUGACUCGCAGAGUCAGCCACCCCCUGCUGCAGGCCGGGAAGGGCAUUGGGGAGAGGAUAAAAGGGGGCGCAGGAGCCUGCCAGACUGGCUCUUCAGUAGUUUCUGAACAUGUAGAUAGCAGGAGUAAGGCAGGGCACCAGGGGCCGGCGAGGCCGAAUCUCAAAGCGCUGCUGGCGCUCCUGAAAAUUGUACAGUGUUUCCGGCUUUUCUCAGUUGUAGACGCUCGUAAGUUUCCGGCAGUUUCCGGGGAGACUCGGGGACUCUGCGUCUCUCUCGCUCCGCUCCGAGUGCCCGGUGCGGCGGGGCAGGGUUUGGGGCUAGUCAUGGCGUCCCCGUCUCGGAGACUACAGACCAAACCAGUCAUUACUUGCUUCAAGAGCGUCCUCUUGAUCUACACUUUCAUCUUCUGGAUCACUGGUGUUAUCCUUCUUGCCGUUGGUAUUUGGGGCAAGGUGAGCCUGGAGAAUUAUUUUUCCCUUUUGAAUGAGAAGGCCACCAAUGUCCCCUUCGUGCUCAUUGGUACUGGUACUGUCAUUAUUCUGUUGGGCACCUUUGGCUGUUUUGCUACCUGCCGAGCUUCUGCAUGGAUGUUAAAACUGUAUGCAAUGUUUCUGACUCUCAUUUUUUUGGUUGAACUGGUCGCUGCCAUCGUAGGAUUUGUUUUCAGACAUGAGAUUAAGAACAGUUUUAAGAAUAAUUAUGAGAAAAUUUUAAAGCAGUAUAACUCUACGGGAGAUUAUAGAAGCGAUGCAGUAGACAAGAUUCAAACUAAUUAUUACUCAGAAAAAGGAUUUCCCAAGAGUUGCUGCAAACUUGAAAAUUGUUCUCCACAGAGAGAUGCAGAUAAAGUAAACAAUGAAGGUUGUUUUAUAAAGGUGAUGACCAUUAUAGAGUCAGAAAUGGGAGUGGUUGCCGGAAUUUCUUUUGGAGUUGCUUGCUUCCAGCUGAUUGGAAUCUUUCUAGCCUACUGUCUCUCUCGCGCCAUAACAAAUAACCAGUAUGAGAUAGUGUAAACAACAAACCACGGGCCUAUUCCUCUUCAAGUUUAAGGACAUUUACAUUCCCCCUGUGAGCUAUGAAAUUGCCUGGUUGGAAGACUUCCUACUACCGCUUACAAUAGACCAAAAACUUACAUCAGUAGUCUGAUUCAAUCAAGACAUGUUCAGGUUAAGUCCACCUUUUGUCCCAUUGAUGGUAGAUCACUGAAACCCCUGUAUCACUGUGAAACACUGGAAAAGCUAGUAAAUUGUAAAUGAUGCAAUACCGUGUUCCUCUUGACUUUUAUUUUUCAAAAUUGCAUUGUGAAUCUGCUAUUUUGAUGUAGUGUUACAAAGUGAGCGCUCUGAAUUUGCUGACUGAUGUAGUGUGAUAGAAAAUUGACCCUUCCGAACUGGCCUCUUCCCAGACGAGUUAAAAUUAUUGUAUAAUUUGCAUCAAGUUAAGAUAUUUUCAUUAGUCUCUGUUUUGCUCUCAAAUUUAUAUUUGAAAGGUUCUAAUUAUUACUUAAUGGUGUUGGAAUUACUGUAUUUUCCUUAGGAAUUGAAAGCAAUUCAUCUUCAUUAGUGUUAGCUGCUAUUUCUUUAUCAGGUUGAUGUGACUUAAUUGUCAAUAUCAUGGUCAACUAUAAUAAUCUUAGUUUUGGUUUGUGCCUUUGAUUAAAUAUAAAUCUUUCACACAAUAAAUGUUGUUUUCCU